UUAAGACUGGGUUAUCGUGAGCUAUAGCGUUUGCUCCAGCUGACGAUUCUUAUCUGUCAGUUUAUGGACGACUGUGGACUGAGUUUAGAGCAGAUUCACUCAGUCUCACUAUGGCUUGCAUGUGGAAAUGUAUUCUGCUCAGCAUUUUCAUCGUCUUCGGUAGAAGUGACGCGCUGACAGGUUAUUUCUGGCACAUCUCAGACCUCCACUGGGACCCUUCAUAUGAUUUAUCCAGCAGCUCUCAGUCAAAGUGUGCUUCCAGCGGAGGCCGACCGACUCCACAUGCAGGCCGAUAUGGAGAUUAUGUCUGCGACUCACCCUGGAGUCUGAUCAACUCUUCCCUGACCGCCAUGAGAGAGAUCCUGCCCGAUCCGGACUUCAUCAUGUGGACCGGAGAUGAUACUCCUCAUGUUCCUGAUGAUCAGCUGGGAGAACAGGCUGUGCUCAGAAUAAUCGGCAACCUCACUAACAUCAUCAAGAGCACUUUUCCCAAAACCAAGGUGUAUUCUGCAAUGGGAAAUCAUGACUACCAUCCAAAGAACCAAAUGCCUCCAGCAAAAAGCACCAUUUACGAGCAAACAGCAAACCUGUGGCGUGACUGGCUCCACACUGCCUCACAGGAAACCUUCAAAACAGGUGGAUAUUACACUGAAAAGCUGCUGAAUCAGACUGGAUUGAGAGUCAUUGUCCUCAACACAAACCUUUAUUAUGAUCAGAACAAACUGACAGAGAAAGUCAAAGAUCCUGCAGAUCAGUUCAGCUGGGCUGAUAAAGUGCUUCAGGAUGCGGCCAAAAAUAACGAGAAGGUCUACCUCAUUGGUCACGUUCCUCCAGGGCUGUUUGAGAAGAAGCGGGAUAAAGGCUGGUUCAGAAAAGAGUUUAAUAAGCGCUACAUUGAGCUCAUCCAGAAGCACAGUGCUGUGAUCAUGGGCCAGUUCUUCGGGCAUCACCACACCGACAGCUUCCGCAUGUUUUACAACUCCAAAGGAUCUCCAAUAAGUGCGAUGUACCUGACUCCUGGAGUUACGCCAUGGAUAACAACAUUGCCUGGUGUGAUCGAUGGCGGAAACAAUCCUGGAAUACGCAUCUUCGAGUAUGACACAAAAACACUGCUUGUCAAGGACAUCAUCACCUACUACCUGAACCUGACAUAUGCAAACAUUGCACGUGCGCGCUGGGAGAAGGAGUACCGCCUGACGGAGGCCUUUCGCGUGCCAGACGCCUCUCCAGCCUCCAUGCACCGUGUGAUGGAGCGGAUUUCCAGUGAAAAGUGUUCCCUACAGAAGUACUUUGAGCUGAACUCGGUCAGCUACGACCUGUCGGAGUGUCACGCAGACUGCCGUGUGGAUCAUGUGUGUGCGCUGAGGGAAGUGGACUAUGACGCCUAUGAGAAGUGUGUGUUGAAGGAGGGAGGAUCGUCCAAUGCUCCGGUGCUGUUCAUUUUGUUUCUUUCUCUAAUGCUCAGUCUGUGGAGUCUCAAUUGAUCCUACUGACUACUUUGUUUUUGUUUUUAAAUAGUAGUUGAUUAACUUAGCAUUUAAUAUUCACAUAUAUUUAAUCAAUUUGGGCCUGUUUUGGCACCUGGGGUUCACUCUUUAUUGGUGAAUCAUGAUUUGAUACAAUCAUAAGUUGCUGUCAUAGCAACAGGUCUGUCAGUUCAUAUAUUAUUAUGCAUUUCAUAUAGACAGGAUCAGAUUUUAAAGAGUAUUAGGUAACACUUUUUCUUGAAGGGGUUGCUCAUAAGACUGCCAUAACACCUUUAUAAUCAUGACAUAACACGUCAUGAAUAUGUAUGAAAUUUUAUGCAUGUUUCUGACAACUGUCAGUGUCAGUAGCUCAGUUAUGUCAUUUUAAAUACAGAGAUGACAUUGAGAAGUCUUCAUGACAACUUGACAUAAACACAUCAUAACCUGUCAACUUGUCUAUUAUCAAGACUUGUCAUAAAUCUGUCAUAAACAUGACUGUCAUGACGCCAUUAUAAUUGUGUCUGUUUUCAUUGGUCAAACGUAAAAGGCAAUGCAAGAGAAAGAAAUUGUUUAAUCUUGAAGGGGGUGCUCAUAAGACUGCAACGACACCUUUAUAAACAUGACAUAACAGGUCAUGAAUAUAAGUGAGAUUUUAUGUUUAUGACAACUAUCAUUAAUUGUCAUUAGCUCAGUUAUGUCAUUUUAAAUGCAGAGAUGACAUUGGUUGAGUUGUGCUUAUGGCAACUU